AUGUCCAAAGCACCGACUGUAAGUGAAUUGGUUGGAAACUCGAAUGUUACUUUCAAGCCCGUUAUAGGAUCAUACGCCGACGAUAAACUAACUCGUCCUGAUUUUAAUACUGAUGUGCUUUGGAAGCAAAAGAGGGCCAAUCAAAAGCAGCGUACUAUGUCGAUUGGUUCCAGUGACUCUGAAGGGCUAAGUACUAGUAUGCCUCAUGUUGACGUUCCGCGUCCUCGUCGUCUUAGUAUUAGUGAGAUGAUAUUUGGUUCUCCUGUCGGGGGGUUUGGGUGGGGCCAAAGCAGCCUGCAAGGUUCUCCUGUUGGCGAAAGAAAAGGAUCUAUAACCGAGGAUGAACGAUUUAAGGAAUUAAUAAAGCACCAGAACAAGAUCCUCGGUGAUGGUUAG